CCUCGCCGCCUCCUCCUCCCACCCCACCCCACCCCACCCCACGCUCCACUCCCAUCAAUCCAAAUCCAAAUAGCACCCCAUGGCGUCGUCGAUGCGCCGCCCUGCCGACUGGUUCCUGCACGACUGGGUCGAGAGGCUCGACACUCAGCGUCCGCCGACUCCGACGCCUCCCCGCCACGCCUCCGGCUGCAAGGCCGGCCGCGGCGGAGGCUCUCCUCCUUCGCCGCCGCGGCGAGCACCCCGAGUACCUUCCCCACCACGCCCGUCGGCGCGGCGGGGCCGGUGCCAGGUCCACUACGGGAUCCAGUCAGCCGCGCCACCGCACCGGCUCCAGGCGCGCGUCACCUCCCCGGCGGACCACCGGAACGCCUCCGCGUUCAGACAGCGGAAUCCCUCCUCGCGCUCGCCUGUGCACAGAGGACUCAACGUCUUCAAUCGAUUCGCUCUCUUAGCGAUGGCGAGUGACUACGAGAGGGAGUUUCCGGUGUUGCCUGCUGCAACCGGAAGCAUCAGCGACAAGGAGGCGAAGCAGCGGGGGGAAUCUCCUAUCAAGCAUUCGAACAACAAGCUCCGGGGAGGCGUUAGGAGGGCUCCGCAGGUGCAGCACGUUACGAAGGCCGUCGCCGAGCCCGCGGUCAAGGCCAAGGGAGACGCUGAGCUGACGAAGGGCGAGAGCCAGGGCCACGCCGAGGCGGGGAUCAAGGUCGAGGGCCACGCCGAGCUGGCGAAGGGCGAGAGCGAGCGCCAAGCCGAGGCGCCGAUCAAGGCCAAGGGCCACGCCGAACUGGCGAAGGGCGAGAGCGAGGGCCAAGCCGAGGCGUCGAUCAAGGUCGAGGGCCAGGCCGAGCUGACGAAGGGCGAGAGCGAGGACCACGCCGAUGCGGCGACCAAGGCCGCGGGCGACGCCAAGGUGUCGGUCAAGAGCGACAAGGCCGCACGCAACGUCCCCGACCUCGCCGGCGAGCUCAAUGGCCAGGACUUCUUCGUCGGUUCGAUUCUAGUAAGAUGCGGCCCCCCAGUUGCCGUUGUCGCGGGAGGUGUUGAGGGCUGCCGUCGCGGAGGGCCUGGCGGAGGCAGUGGGGGAGUACAUGCUGGAGGUGGUGAUGGAUGCGGUGGCGGAGGGCCAGUACCCGAUGGCGGCGGAGGCGGUGUGGGAGGGGGAGGACCGGCCGAUGGCGGCGGGGGUGGUGGGGGAGGAGGACCCCCCGGUGGCGGCGGAGGCGGCCCGCCGCCUCCCCAACCACCCUAUCCACAGCGUCUACCGUUCGCCAGAUGCCAGCGGGCAGGCUGUGGCGUCGACGCCCUGUUCUUUUGCUCGCAGUGCGGGCUGGUUUGCUGUCCGGAGCACGUCUGCCCGGACUGCACCGCGCCACUCUCCGAGCUGCCGGCGCCUCGCCUCUCGGUGCCGCAGGUACAAAUUUACCAGCCCUUUCAGUACCCACCAACUCUCCAGCUAUUCGUCGGUGCGUUUCGUGUGGGAAAUCGUGUUAGUCAUUACUUUGCAAGACCCCAAGAUGUGUUUGGGCAUGGUGAUGUCAUUGCUGGAGAAGCGCAACACUUUGACAUGCAGGGUUUUUGGAUGGUUAGAUCUGUCCGCGAGGCGCCCUGCAUUCUCCGCAGGGUCAACAUGUUUCCUGAGCCCCAGUUUUAUUCAUGGUAGAUACUGUCUUGUAAGCAAGCGCCGUGCAGACCUCUAGAAACUGGGCUUUUGCAUUCAGUGAUCAAUGAUUUGUCACUAAAUUGAAUGAUGAAGGAUUGGUGUUCCUUACUUAUAGUUUAUAAAUUGAUAACUGCA